UGCAUGUAAACCCCGACCGACCUCCCGAUGCAGUGGUGCUACUAUCCAACUGAAUAACCUCAAAAAGAGCGCUGAGUUGUCGUCUCCGGUGGUUUAACGGUAUCCCAUUCGGUUUCUGGAUCCACUUCGGAAGCGAAAUGCCGCACCUUGUAGUGGACUAAGAGUCUGGCAGUGAAUUAAUCGCUCCUAUCUUUUCUUGCAACAUUGUUGCAGCGACGCGGCUAUUGACACGCGCUGUGGUGGUGGAGCUGCUGCUGGUGGUGGUGGUUAGGCUGCCGAGGGGACCGGAGGCCUGUGGUCGUUUUGAUCCUGGACUGAUGUUUCGGACAACCUGAGUUUUAAUGUUCGCGACGGAAAGCGGGGGAAAUCUCUGUCCUGUAUUUGAAACGGAACAUGUCUUUUUCAUGGCUGACUUGUUCACUUCUUCUGGGAACUUUAUGCGCAGGGUACAGUCUGGGCGAAGCGGAGACCCGGGAGUGCGUGUACUACAAUGAUAACUGGCGUACGGAGAGGACCAACCAGAGCGGCUUCGAGCGCUGCGAGGGGGAGAAGGACAAGCGACUGCACUGUUAUGCCUCCUGGCUCAACUCCUCAGGGACCAUCAAGCUGGUGAAGAAAGGCUGCUGGCUGGACGACUUCAACUGCUAUGACAGGCAAGAGUGUGUCUCUAUGGAGGAAAACCCUCAGGUCUUCUUCUGCUGCUGUGAGGGCAACUACUGCAAUGAACGAUUCACCCACCUCCCUGACAUGAUUGGCAGUGGCAACCGAGUGAAAAUCCGGCCUCCGCCCAGAGUGCCGUCCCUGCUCAAUGUGCUGGUGUACUCGCUGCUUCCUCUCUGCGUGCUGUCCCUGGCGCUCGUCCUGGCCUUGUGGAUGUACCGCCACCGCAAACCUCCAUAUGGCCACGUAGAUCUGAGCGAGGACCCUGGACCAGCUCCUCCUUCCCCCCUGGUGGGUCUCAAACCACUACAGCUGCUGGAAAUCAAAGCAAGGGGGCGCUUUGGUUGUGUCUGGAAGGCCCAAUUAAUGAGCGAAUAUGUUGCUGUAAAGAUUUUCCCUGUUCAGGAUAAACAGUCAUGGCAGAAUGAGCGGGACAUUUACAUGACUCCAGGGAUGCGUCAUGAAAACCUCCUGCGUUACAUCGCUGCAGAGAAACAUGGAGCCAACCUGGAGACAGAGCUGUGGCUGAUCACAGAGUUUCAUGAAAGGGGCUCACUGACGGACCACCUGAAGGGUAACACUGUGACCUGGAGUGAGCUGUGUCUCAUAGCAGAGACCAUGUCCCGUGGUCUGGCCUACCUCCAUGAGGACAUUCCCAGCUACAAGGGAGAGGGACCCAAACCCACCAUUGCACACAGGGACUUUAAGAGUAAGAAUGUGAUGAUACGAGAUGAUUUGACUGCAGUCAUUGGAGACUUUGGGCUUGCUGUACGAUUUGAACCAGGAAAACCUCCCGGAGACACUCAUGGACAGGUGGGUACAAGGCGUUACAUGGCUCCAGAGGUGCUGGAAGGAGCCAUCAACUUCCAGCGAGACUCCUUCCUGAGGAUAGACAUGUACGCUAUGGGCUUGGUGCUGUGGGAGCUGGUGUCCCGCUGCUCAGACACCGACGGUACGGUUUGCGAGUACAUGCUGCCGUUCGAGGAUGAAAUAGGCCAACAUCCUUCCCUGGAGGAUCUGCAGGAUGUGGUCGUGCACAAGAAGAUGCGGCCAGUCAUGAAGGACUGCUGGCUCAAACAUCCUGGUCUGGGCCAGAUGUGCGAGACCAUCGAGGAAUGCUGGGAUCACGACGCAGAGGCACGAUUGUCCGCUGGCUGUGUCGAGGAGCGCAUCGGCCAGAUCGCCAGGACGACCAGCAGCACUACCUCAGACGGCCCCAUCUCCAUCGUCACAUCUCUAACCAACGAGGACCUACCUCCCAAAGAGUCCAGCACCUGAAUGGGUGACACCACCAUGACCCUUACAUGAGCUCCUUACUUUUUUUAAAACCCAAACUCAGCGGAUCUCCGUGAAUAUUUAAAAGCAUAAAAACGUCGACAACUAGCAACUUGAAUGCAGCUGAUAUUUAAUCCCAAUACUGGUAUUUUUUCUUUUUUUUUUUUUUGUCAGAUUUUACUAACACAUCCAUCUGCUGUAGUGUUGGAAGUAGUAAUAAGUUAUUCGAUGGGCACAUCUGAUAACAUCCAUGUGUCAAACCUUAAAUGUUCUCAUUACCUCAUGUAUUUCUUUUAUUGUUAGUCUUUUUUAUUACCUCAUGCUUUUGUUGUUUUUCUCUAUCGGUCAUGAUCGUCUGCGGCCAAAUGAAACGAACCUUUUCGCUCCAAACCUCGGACGACGGGCUGCACACCUCGGAGGAACCGUUUUGAGACUGUUAGACAAAAUAUAUUCAUCUUCCUCAGGGGUCGAAGCUUCUCGAUUUUUAAACAAACUUCGAGUGUGCUCCCUUAUUUUAAACCUGUGAAUGCCUCAGAAUGAAAAGAAGGUAAAGGAACCGGAGCACAGCUGUUUAAACGUAAGAGCUGAAACGGGAGCUGAGCAGUUGUUAUCGGACGUUGUGGACUUUUUUUGAAGAUUCGGGACAUGCUUGUUGUCCCAGGGGAACUACCUCUCAGGUAUCCAGUAGGCUUCUUUGGAACAUUUCUCUUCGUUGAGAGCCAAGCUAUCCAGCUAGCUACCAUGGACAUAUUCCUGGAUUAUUUUUUCGUGUUGUUUUUAAUCGUAGUAAAGCAGAGUUACUCCUUUGCCAGUGCCAGGGGCAUUGACGGAUGCUGUCUGGAGUUGCAAUGUUACACAUUCUUGAUUUUAAUUGUCUGUGUGAGUGCAUGUGUGAGCGUGUGAGUGGGAGAAUUUGAAGAUUGAUAAAAAGAGUGUUUUUAAAUAAGAAUAAUGGACAGAUAGUGGGGGUUUUAUCCUUGCGAGGGCCAUACUUGAGUAAGCAACAUGUCUGUUUUUUUUUUUUUUUUUUUUUUUUUUUUUUAAUUUUCAUGGGUUUGUGUUCAAUAGACUCAGUCGGACAUCAGUCCCCAGAUACCUCAGUCACCGUACAUCAUGCAAGGAGAGCUCAAAUGGUUGCCUUUGUCUCAAAUGCAAUGCCAUAGUUGUACCAUAACAUGAAAAACCAUACAUUGAAUGUCCGUUAUGCUGCUGUGACUAUUCCAGGAUACUCAAGGAUUUGUAGAUGUACAUGUAUUCUUUGUUAAUAUAACGCUAAUGAUAUUGUGAGGCUAAUAUUCUGUUUUCUUUUGUUUUCUUUUUUGACUGGGUAAGCCCUCAGCUGCUUACUCCUCCAGACUGACCUCAGAUAUUCUGACAAGUACCUCAGGCUUUUUUCUACAUGUAUAUCAAGUUGUGUUAUGUAUUUUAUUGUGUUUUUAGUAGUUGAGAUAUUUUAUUGCCGUUUUGGCCUCUUUGUCUGUGGACAUUUUCUUUUUUUAAUAGAGCCUGACUUGCUGUCAUGGUGUUAAUGCUGUACAAACCUAAAAAAAAGAAGAGAGGCAGAUUCUUGUAAAUAGACUUGUACACACAGUUGCCGAUCACUGAUCUGAUUUUUAACAAUACAAUAUCAGGGCGUUGCUCUUCUCAUUUCACAUACGCAGAAAGGGAUUUCUCAGUUUCAUCUUGACAUAUUUAAAGAUAAUUUUAACAACGAGCCCUGUGAGGAUUCUUUUUAUAUUUGUAUAUAUAUACAUAAUAUAUAUAUAUAUAUAUAUAUAUAUACAUUUUUCUUCAGAUUUUCAAGAAUGGCGGUCAUGUUGCUGAUUUCUAUGAUACUGGUAUCAGUUGCUCUGGAUCAGAAGCUGUAAGUAGCACUUGCAUUAGAAAUCUUAGUGUGUAUGUCAUCGAAAACAACAAAAAAAUCGGAUGUUUUUUGGUGCUGGCGGUUUCUUGGAUGGGCCACUCGCUGGAAAAUGCCAGUUUGAACAGUAUUACCUCAUUAUUAACCUGCUGAUGUGAUGUUCAGACUCGUUUAGUGAUAGUUUAGCCAUGUUGGACGACACACAGGCUAUCUGUUGUGCUUUGACUCGUGCUGUGGAAAGAUAUUUUUAAGAGUAACCUGUGACGCUUGCUGUGCAGUUGUUGGUGGGCGGGAGAUAGAAUACAUCCAUGCAUUCAGAGCAAUGUUUUUAUUGUUUGGGUAUCAUCAAUGUGUUUCUUACAUCAAGAUUGAUCGAUAACACAGCCCCAUUUAUGUAAACAGUGGCAUGUGCGUGGUCCAAAGGUCCAGCAAUAUUUAUUAUACAGCAAUAUUCACCUGAAUAUCAUAGUUUUAAGUCAUUAACUCAGCUGUGACUUAGCGGUUCUCUCUCUGCGGAUCAUCUCAUCACACCUGGAUCAUGUUUAGCAAAAUACACAAUAAUAGAAGCAAACAAACAAAACAACAACAAAAAAAAAACAGCUAUAGGUUGUGUUCAAGCUGAACAUAACCCAGGUGCUUUCACGUUUUGUGCCAGAAAAACAACCAUCUUGAAGGAAAUCUAAUCUGCCGUGAUCGGUUGUUGACCUCCAAAUGCUGUCUUACACCCAGCUCUUCUGAACGGAAAAACCAGUUACCUCAUGCAGUACCUCUUGUUAGUAACACUAACAUGGAAUCAGUCUCAUCUUCAAAAAAAUGGAAAAAAAAUAUCAAUUAUUGUGUAUAUAUUUACUUGACAAAUGUAAAAGGUUUCCUCCUUUUCAUGUGUGAAUCCUGUGAAAGCAAAAUCCUUUUUUUUCUUGAUUUACAGUCGACAUAUUGUUCAUUUCUUGUAGUGUGAAUGUUUGACUGAACUGUGUGACCUUCCCUGUUUAUGUGAAGUGUGUUUGCGUGCGUGUGUGGGGUGUGUGCUGGUUGGAUUUCACUAAAACAGUAUGAAUGAUAACUUUAUCUGUGAGUUGAAAUGCUUAGAAAUAUAAACUAGAUGAGAAAACAUCCAUCUUUUUGUAUAUUGAAAUAAAGACAAAACUCUGAUUAA